UGUUUUUUAUUUCAAAAUAUAUUAUAUAAAAUAUUGUCAAAUCAUUUUUGAACAAUCGUUUUCUUAAAUGACUGAUUUUUGGAUCAAUGUACUAUAUUUUAUUAUUUAAAAAAUGUGGCUUCACUGAAAUUUAUUUUCUUAUUUUAGAAACAUUACUUUAAGUACCGGUUUUAAUUUUAAUCACCUAGAACGAGCACACUCAAAAAAAAUGUUCCUACCACUUUAGGGUUAAAGAUUAAUUUAUUCAAGAACGGAAUAUUAUAUUUCUUUGCUAUAUUUCCCCAAUAACUUUUAUAGGAAAGCUAUACCACCCACUCGAGGGUAGCUUUUGGAAAGCUUUUUCUAAUGGCCUGGCGUUCAAGUGCAGCCGUUAACAUCUUAGCCAUGAAAAUAGUGUUAGCCAAAUAAAUUACUCGGAGGCUUGACAAAACAGAUGAACAACAGGUUUGGCUAAUACCUCCCUCCGCUGCCAACAGACUCCCUCACCUGGCCAGACAUAACUGCAAAUAGAAAACCCGAGUCGAGUCAGUUCAACAACAUGAGCCGGCAGCUGAAGUUCCACAUCCAAGCUCCCGAGGAGGAGGUGUUUUCCCCGGACCUGGUGGAGAUUAAUCUGAAUCCGAACUGCGGCCAGGCGAAGCAGCAGUCAGCCCAGGCCCUGGACACGUUACUCCUCUCCACGCCACCGCACCGGGGCUAUCCGUACGGAUAUGCCGAGGACUCGGAGCCGGAGACCUACUUCUGCCGCAAGUCCAACUCCACGGGCCAGUUGGCGGAGAAGGUGUCCCCACCGCCACCGGCGGCCACCAACAUCAGUUGCCUGCGUCAGAUGUACUGCCCGGAGUGCCACGAGCGGUUGCACGAACAGGGAGUCAGGUUAGAGCGGUUGCUGACCAUGUGCUGUUUUUCGCUGCUGCCACUUUAUCCCUGCUGUCCAAGGAAAUCCAGAAACGAUUGCAAGGUCAUCUGCGGCAAAUGUGGCUACCUCCUGGGGGCAUGGAAGCGACAAUGACAACGUGAGAGGGGGAUGGGAAGCGGGGCACACGAAGUGGGUGCUCUGCAUUUAAUUGUUUAUUUUGUUUAGUUUUUUAAUCAUUUUUUGUUGGCCUUGUGGCGAGUGAUGAGCACCGAGACUGAAGAGCCAAAAAUAUUUUGCAAAAUUUGUUAUUUUUUGCAUCACUCUCCCAAUAUUUCUCUUAAAUAAAAUCUUGUUUUGUUAUUUUUUGGUGAAA